AUGCAAUUGAGGAAUGGCCAAACCACGGAACCUGUGGAAGAAGGUCAGAGCUCCCACGCCGCACAACAAGCUGGGAGUUCUGCACCUGCUCGUCAAAGCCGCCAUACCUCAAUAGAAGGAAAAUGCGCUGUAGGAUGGCCACGUUUAGCCCCUGCAAUUCUGGUGGACGAUUCCAUGCAGUCUGAAAAACGCGCGAAACAACUCAAUGCUGGCAGGGAGAGGAUGGCCCGAUGGCUAGAAAACAAAAACCAUGAAAAGAAGCGGUUGCGACAUCUCGCACCGUAUUACUACAUACGCUGUGACAUCUCGUAUCCCGAUGCCGUAUAUCCUUACAACGAGGAUACUGACUUUGAUUUUGAGUUGUCAGAUGGUUCUGAAGCUGACGACGAGUAUGACGCUCUAGCCAAGGCGGAAAGUGAAGAAGAGCACCGAUUGGAGUACCGCGACAACUUUGGCAGUGAUCGCAUGAGGAAGGUAGCACUUGCGCUGCUUCAGUGGCAACGCCAAAUUGAGGCAUAUGCCGCUGGCCGAGCAGCUCGCGCGAAGAGUAGGGUAAAUCGUGUAAUCAAUGUUUCUUCCUCGGCGCAAAUUGCACGUGAUGCUGACGUUGCUGACGAUGUCGGUUCCAUCAACACUGACCAGCCUGCCAAUGAUGACGUUCCAGAUAUUGCUGUCAUCUCGCAAAAUCAACGAGAUCAGGAGGAAGGUGUUGAGGACACGCAGCAGGAGACUGACCAGUUAUCUUCCAACAACGAUGCUAGUGAUGCGUAUGAACCAUCUGAUGCAAGUGGCGCUUCGAGGCCUCUCCGUUCUAAUCGACAACCGCGUUUAUUCUUCUCCAGCCCGAGCAGCUCAGACAAGCAAGAGCGUCCUUCGGAUGGAGAGCAGUCAUCUGAUCAUGAAUGUAUCAGCGACAUUGAAUUGGACUCGACGAUCUCAUUGGAACAAUCCUUGGAGGCAGAGCCAGAUGAGGAGGAUGUCAUCCAAGAGUCAGAUAACAACCAGUCUGACUGGGCUGGUAUUCAAUUGUCCAUGGAGGCGAACUCCCAGGAAAACCAGAUUUCUAGGGAGGCGUCAUUACACUCUGGCGACAUUUUCAGCAGCGGUUCUGCACAUCACAAUGACAAUGCAGGCCUACUCGAUGCAGGAGAAGAAGACCAUGUGAUAUUCGUUCACGACAGACAACUUCUUCCCUCCCGUCCCCUGACACCACUGAUGCCGAUAUUGGAGCCGGCGAAUUUGCGCAAAUAUCUACAGUCACGCAAUCGCGACGAGUUGCAGGCACUGCUCCACAAUAUUCAUAAUCAGCUCGACUCGAUGGACAAUGAAGUGCAGUGGUCGACGGGGCACUGCACACUACUUCCUACACUAUUUUCUCGACCUGAUGACCCCCAGUCCACCAUCGUCAAUGAAGACGACAUCCAACUUGUGAAGUUCCUCACUUCACGACCGGCUGCGCACGAGCAUUCACCCAAUUUUUCUUUCAUCAAUUCAACCAGCCAAGAUGUUGCUGGCCAAAUGUGUACUGGUCUAUGUGAAGGGAAGGCGUGCCUCAUUCGCAACAUGAUUCGGCCACCCAAGGACUUUGAGUUCACGACAGAAUGUUUGUGGAACGAAUAUGCAUUGCCUGCGGACAUGCCGGUAGACAUUCACAAUGUUCACAAAUGCUGUGCCAGCUGGGCUGAACCGUAUGAACACGGAUUACUGCAUGAUAUCAUCGACAGUGCUGAUGAUACACGAGACAUCAAGUUUGUGCUGGCGUGCAACUUGAGCACACACUCAUUGCCGCAAGGACUCGAGAACCUUGAUGAUGGCUUGGUGCAGGGUUGGGGCAUGACAGCAGCUGCAUACCCCACCGUGAAACAGUGGGUCCAUCCAGACAAUUGGUUGAACCGCGGUUGGGUGCUGCUUCAUCAGGCUGGGGUGGUCACCUACGCCCACCAAGAUUCAGACAAAAACUGCACCUGGAUCAUUCCGCAUAGCGGCGUCAAGUUCUAUCUAUAUACCGGGAGCCGUUAG